UAAUUUACCAAUAUAAAGAUUACGCACGGAAGAGGUAUUCCCAGCGCGCGGAGGUUCCGUUGAGAGUUUGUAGUUGAGUAGCAAGUGUUUUUUCAUUUAUAAUCAGAGAUUAUGAGUUGGAGUCUCUCUAAAUACGGAAUCAUCUUUAUUAAAGAGCGCGUGCAUUUACCUUUAACGUGAGACUUCUCAGCGUGAGUCUAGAUUUAGACUUUCAGUUUGAGUCCGGACACCAAGUGAAAAACUAACAUAUAUAUAUUUAUAUUAAUUUCAUAUUUUUGUGCUUAUCAUUUUUUACUAUUUUAUUGUUAAAAGAAUGAUUCUACGAAAUCGAACAGUCUAAUAUGAAACCUACUAUAUAUAUCAAACUCGUUUCGUACUUCACAUGUUUGACGUACUUCACAUGUAGGCCGAAUACCUUUGGUGUCUUUAAUAUAUAUGGCCCAACUUAACUCGUCAAUUAUCACAUCUUUGGUGUCUACAUUGAUUGAUUAGCAAAUUACAAAUCGAUGGCCAUUUCCCCAAUAAUGCUAAACAAGCAACCAUUUCCUAUGCUUCUCAUUUGCAUCGCGGUGGUCAUGGCUACAAUUACAGCCACGACUUCUCAGGAUGCAACUCUUACGUGCAACACGGUGUUUACAACCCUUGAACCAUGUCUUAGUUACGUGUUAGGUGGUGGAUUAAGUGUGCCAUCAGAGUGUUGUAAUGGGAUUAAAUCUAUGCUCAAUGGUGCGUAUACAAUAGCUGACCGCCAGAGCGCUUGCAAAUGCAUAAAGAGCGUUGUUUCUAGCGCUGCCCCAGGUCCAGUCAGCCGUGCUGCUAAAGUCCCUGGAAUAUGUAAGGCCAAUGUUCCUUUCAAGAUUAGUCCACAUGUUGACUGUUCUAAGACCAAAUAACACACUUCUUUUUUUUUUUUUUUGUUAAUUUUAGUCAUUUUAUCUGCCUUGUUAUUUUUUAGUACUGCAUAAUGAGAUUGAAUAUGUUUGUGUUAUAUAAUAUCAUUUUUGUAAGCGUUGUUUCAGAAAUUAAUCAAAUUGGUAUUUGAAUGAAUAAUUUCUUACUUUUUUUUUUGGAUUACCUUGACAUAUACUGUUAGGACCGUAAAUAAGCAGGUGUAUACGCGGAAGCUAGCAAAGCAAACCUCGAAAGAACGAAAAAUAUAUCAAAAGACACA